GCGGGCGGGGGCGGGAGCGCGAGCGCGGCGGCGGCACCGGGGGAGCGGCACCGGGAGCGCAGCGCGGCUCGGGCUCGGCGGGAGCAUGGAGAUGGAGAAGCGCCUGACGCUGGAGCUGCGCAACAAGAAGCCGAGCGAGGUGAAGGAGCUGGUCCUGGAUAACUGCCGCUCAGAGGAUGGCAAGGUGGUCGGUCUCUCCUCAGACUUUGAGAACCUGGAGUUCCUCAGCAUGAUCAACAUCAACCUGCUGUCCGUGUCCAACCUCCCCAAACUCAACAAGCUCCGGAAGCUGGAGCUGAGUGAUAAUAGGAUUUCUGGUGGCCUUGAAGUUCUAGCAGAGAAAACUCCCAACCUGACACACUUGAACCUAAGUGGCAACAAGAUCAAAGACAUCAAUACCCUGGAGCCCUUGAAAAAGUUGCCAAACCUCCACAGUCUGGACCUGUUCAACUGCGAGGUGACGAUGCUCAUCAACUACCGGGAGAGCGUGUUCGCCCUCCUGCCCCAGCUCACCUACCUGGAUGGCUUUGAUGCUGAUGAGCAGGAAGCCCCUGACUCAGACCCCGAAGCAGACGGGGAUGCACUGGAAGAUGACUAUGAGAAUGGGGAAGCACUGAGGGGUGAGGGGUGGCUGGAUUUGGGAACUGGGGCACUUCCCUCCCUCCCCCUUUGGGUAGAAGGUGAGGAAGAGGAGGAUGUUGAGGAGGAAGACGAUUUGGAUGAAGAAGUCAUUGAUGAUGAAGAAGAUGAAGAUGAUGAUCUGGAAGGUGAAGAGGAGGAGGAUGGAGUAGAUGAUGAGGAGGAAGAAGAGGAGGAAGAUGGUGAGGAGGAUGAAGAAGAUGAAGCUGAGGAGGACCAUCCGUGUGGGGAGAAGAGAAAACGAAGUCUAGAGGAUGAAGGAGAGGAAGAUGCAGAGGACGAAGAGGAUGAUGAGGAUGACUGAUCCCAGCGAGCCAAUCAGUUUUACAGACUCUGUGCUUGUCUUAACCUCCCCGUUGUGUCUGUGUGAGACUGUAAAUCCCUGUCUCCCACUCCUCCUCCUCCCCCUUUGUAUGGCUGCAGCAUCCACAAUAUAUUUUUUUAAGAUUUAGAAUACUGUAGGCAUUCAGGGAAAUCCUCCAUACAAGGCUCACUUUUUUCUCACAAGUAUCUCAUGACCAAAGGCUUUUCUCCGUUCGGUGGUUUGUGCAGCAGCUUGCAAAAAAAAAAAAAAAAAAAAAAAAGGAAAAAAUCAAAAAAGAAAAAAGAGAAAAAAAAAAUCUCCUUAGGGUAUCUGUGUGUCCGAAAUGAGCUGUGCCACACUGGACCCAGAGCUCCAGCUCACACCCUGCCAGCACAGAAAGCCUUUGCCACCCUCGUGCCCUCAGCCCAGGGCUGAAGAAGCUUUUUGAGCCAUCUCGGGUGCAAAAUCUGGUUCAUCUCUGUGGACUCAGAAUGAUCCGUGAGGGUGUCUCAGAUCUGAAAUCAUGGUGAUGUGAUCUCUGGACAUGCUUGAAGAUGCUUCAGUGCUGGGGAGGGGGGGGUGCCUGGAGUUUUGGGGGGAGAGAGGGAGGGGCUGCUUGCAUGACCUGGUACCUCUGCCGAUGCACCUUGCAGUAGCCCUGCACUUGCUUUCCUAUUAGUUUUAUAAACUGGAAGGAACAUUUUCCCCAUUGGCCAUCUAAGAACCAUCCCUUGGGCCGUCCCAAGUGAGGGCGGGGGCUGGUGGCCAUGUCAGCUGUGGGGAGGCUCCCGGUGCCCUGCAGCAGCUUUGGGAAGGGAUAGGGAAUGCAGGUGAGGGGAUACUGCUCUUCAUCCACCUCCAUUUCGCACUGUACAGCCCUGUGCAGCCACGAUCACUGUGAUGCUCCUGCAGCCCCUGUUAGCCUGUAAAUUCUCAGGGUCCUUCUGCCAGCCGGUGCCACCUCUGCACAGGCCCCCGGUGCCAGCCUGGCCUGGGCAUCCUCCUCUUCCUCCUCCUGUCUUCCCAGAACAGAACUCCAGCUCCUCCUUCGUGUCCCUGCUCUGGAGGUGCCACUGAGGCGGCUGGAGGGGAGGAUUUGGGGAACCCAGCCAGGUGCAGCAUUCCCAAUCCCAUUCCCACCUUCCCCUCAAUCCCAGAGGCGUCCGGGCAGCGCAUCCCUUGGGAGGGUGGGAUGGGUGGGGUGGGGACAGCGCUGUGCUGCUGCCCGGGGGUGCAGACAAGCACUGGCACUUUGUGGCAUUCCCGCUGUGUGCUCCGGGUGCUCCGAGGGCCCCCGGGGCCGAGGCUCCAGCCCUCCCCUCCGGGGGGGGGUGUGCGGGGUGUUUUGCAGCACAUCCCCGUUCCUGUCGCUUCGUUCUCGCUGGUGUCUCUUGCAUUGUACAGUCGCUGUGACCAUUCGGAGAUGAACUAAUCCUGUAAAAUGCAAACUGAGUAACUUAUAAAGGUUUAAGGAAUUUAAAAAAAAAAAAAAGUCAGAGCAGCAGUUACUUCUAAUUUUCCCCCUGCAUUUUUAGCAGAUUGUAUGGAUUUUAUAUUAGCCUAGUAACUGUCAGGUUUUAAUUGGUCAGACUAGUCCCAGAAAUAAGGAUCUACAGCCCUUUUGUAUCUUUUGUUACAAAAUUUGGAUAAAACUUUAAUAAAGACUUCCGUUUUUAAAAAUC